UCAUCUCCCACAAACACCCUCCUCCUUCUCCUCCUCCACUUCUUAUCCCCUCUCCCUUCCCUCUUCUACACCAACACCACCACGCACACAUACCCCUUCUCAUGUCCGAGUUCGAGUCGUCGCUGCCGCUGGGGUGGUCGGCCCAUACGUCGGCAAGCCAUGGCAAGACGUACUACUUCAACGAGUUCACUGGGGAGACCCGGUGGCGGAGGCCGAAGCCUGCGGCACCGCUUAAUCCGCAUGCACCUAACGGCAAGGUCCGUGUCUCGCACAUUCUCGCCAAGCACGCUGGCUCUCGUCGCGCUGUCGCCCGUGGCGAGCCCGUCACACGCUCGCUGGACGAGGCCAAGGAGCGCAUCGCCCGCAUCCGUGACGACAUCGUUGCCAAGCGCAUGACCUUCUUUGACGCCGCAUACAAGUACUCGGACUGCUCAUCCUCAAAGCGUGGCGGAGACGUCGGCGAGUUUGUCCGCCAGGGCCAGAUGCAGGAGGCCUUUGCCAACGCCGCCUUUCAGCUCGAGCUGGGCGAGCUCUCAGACGUCGUUGUCUCAAAGUCAGGCGUCCACAUCAUGGUCCGCACCGCAUAAACAGCCCGCCACCCACA